UCCCAGGCGAAGGGGCGGGGAAUGGAGCAUCGUGAGCUGCUACUUCCUGGGAGCCCGGGUCCUUAAGGGGGAAGAUCUCUAAGGAAAAGCUCUAAGAUGCUGGCGUUGGGGACCUGGUGGACCUGGGAGUGAGACCCUGGAGAUUUAGAAUCCUGGAAUGGGAAUUCCCACUGUUGGACUGUUUUUACGGCAUCUCUCAGAAGCCUAGAAGCCUAGGGCAGAAUGUGACACAGCACCCCACUUGUGGAACAUCAGGGCCUUCCUACACUCCUUCUCUCUGACCCCUACCCUGUCCUUCUCUCAGCGUUGUCCUGGAUACUUACCCACAUUGUUCUUAUGUCCUCUCCCUCUUUUACGGGUGGCUUGGCAGGGAUCUGGUGGCAAUGAGAAGUAUUUCUUUGGAAAUGAAAAUGUGAGUAGAGCUUGAUUGACUGACCAUCACAUCUCAGUCAACCUUCUAGCUAAGAGAGAGCAGAGAAAGAAAGGAGGGCGAGAUAGGCAGAGGAACAGAAUAAAGAGAAUAGUGGGGGUCACUUUGCACUGGCAAGACAUCUCCCUCUACUACUGUUGACCGUGCAGACUUCCUCAUGCAAACUUCCCACCACGUGACAGUCCCUUCAUCCCCAGGUGUGCAUGAUCUUCAAUGCUGGAGAGCUAACCCCGGUGGAAUAUGGGCGUCAUGAUACCUUGGGUUCUGUGCGUACUGAAUUCAUGAACCCCCACCUCAUCAGGUAACCCCACAAGUGUCCGUAUUAAUGAGCGGCGUCAACGAGGGAUGGAAGACAAUAAGAAAUUGGCUUAUCUUGUCGAUGUUAAGACUAUUGCUAUCGGCUCUACGUGACAGUGGAAGAGCCUGAUCUUGCCAUCACCAUGUUCAAAAAGCACAAGCUGGAUGAUGAUAUGAUCCGCCUGGUAGGGAAGCACCACCCAGAUCUCCUCAGUGACACACACCUACGCCUGGGCAAGGAGCUGGAGGCUGAAGGCCGACUGCAGGAGGCCGAGUAUCACUACCUCGAGGCUCAGGAGUGGAAGGCAACAGUGAACAUGGACCAGUCCAAUGGGCUUUUGGAGGAGGCCUACCGGGUGGCCAAGGCUCACAGAGGAGCUGAUGCCCACAAGCACGUGGCCUAUCUGUGGGCAAAGAGCCUGGGAGGAGCAUCCUCAGUGAGACUGCUCACUAAGCUCGGACUCCUGGCAGCUGCCGUGGACCAUGCCACCGACAACUGCUCAUUUGAAUUUGCUUUUGAACUCUCCCGGCUGGCCCUCAAGCACAAAACCCCUGAGAUGCAUCUCCGACAUGCUCUGUACCUGGAGGAUGAGGGUAAAUUUGAAGAGGCCGAAGCUGAAUUCAUCAGGGCUGGUACGCCCAAGGAAGCAACCCUCAUGGGCAUGGAGGGGUUCGUGGACCAAGCUCGCCAGUGGGAGCAGGCUGGAGACUAUAGCCCUGCUGUCGACUGCUACCUGAAGGUGCGGGGCUCAGGCAGCAGCAGCCUGGAGGAAAAGUGCUGGAUGAAGGUGAGGCGGGCUCCACCCUUCCUGGCCGCCCACUUCCCGGACCGCCCUCACAGCCAGCAUUCCUCCUCAGACAUUGCUUUUUCCUCCUGGGCCUCUCAUUUUCGCUCAGGCGGCAGGUACCUGCUGAGUGCUUGCUAGAUGCUAGAGCCAGAACUAGGAAAACUAUAAAAGGGGAUCUGAGGCAGAACGCCUAACAGACUGAAAUUGGGGGAAGUUGGACACCACUGUGGCUCAGCUGAUUGAGUACCUCGGUGAAGAUAAAGGAUGUGAUUUGAAGUGGAGUUCAGAGGCCGGUGAGGUCUCGACUGAGAGGGAGGGAGGCUCUGUGAGGGAGGGGGCAGACCUGGGACCAGAGCUGGAAGGGCAAAUCCAGAGGCCGGAGCUGGGGCCAGAAGGAAGCCAGGAAGAAAGUAGAGUCUCCUCCUCUACAUAGAAGCUCCUAAAGAGAAGAAUCUAGCCGGUUAAGCCAAGUCAGUAGGUUUCAUCAAUUCCUAAACAUAUAUAUAAUCACAUUUUAUUAUCUUAGAAAUUGGGUUGCAUAUCAAGUUUUAUAUAUUUUUUUAAAAUUUCAUUUAUUUAUUUGACACAGAGAGAGAGAUCACAAGUAGGCAGAGAGGCAGGCAGAGAGACAGGGGGAAGCAGGCUCCCUGCUGAGCAGAGAGCCUGAUGCAGGGCUCCAUCCCAGGACCCUGAGAUCAUGACCCAAGCUGAAGGCAGAGGGUUAACCCACUGAGCCAUUCAGGCGCCCCUGCAUGUGAAGUUUUAAAUGAUAUAUCUGGGGUACCUGGGUGACUUGGUGGGUAAAGCAUCUGACUCUUAUUAAUUUUCCGCUCAGCACAUGAUCUAGGAUUGUGAGAUCAAGUUCUGCAAUGGGCUCUGCACUGGGUGCGGAUCUGCCUUAGAUUCACUCUUCUUCUCCCUCUGCCACACCCCACUCGUGCUAUCUAAAACAAAGUAAAUGAUGCAUCUUUGAUUCAGAGAAAUAUGGUAUUAGGAGUUUGAGGUGGAUGUGGAGUCAGAGCUGCAGAUCCUAGGUCUCAAGGUCUGCAUCUGCCUGGCAGCUUCCUAGGGGGCUGAGGCUGGAGUGAGUCACGUGACACGACUCCCUCCUCUGAGACCCCGCCCCGGUAAGCUGUAGGUGGGGUUUAGAGCCCCAAACAUGGCUUCAGGGCCCCUUCCUCCCAUUCCAUCCCUUUGCGCGACACCCAAUAUCCCUUCAGCCUCCGUUCCCCCCUCCAGCAUGAAGAGUGGGCUGUCUAGGUGGAGAUCAAUUAUCGCCCCUUUAUUUACUUAGAGAAAUUACAGACCCAUUCCCACCUCCCUUCCCCCAGGUAGAGCGGCAUAGAGGCUCUGAUUGCUGAGGGUGCUGGUAUCAAAGGCAGUGGCCAAGCUGGAAAGAAGCCACAAAAGGGGCAGGUCGGUGAAGGCUUGAUCCAGUCAGUGAAUAAUGGGGACGAAUCUCUUCUCAUGUGUUAGCUUCAGGCCUCUAAACUUGGCCUGUUUUGGAGUAUUUUGUGUGUGGUCCCUAGGAGACGUGUUUGAGGAGCCCUUGCAAUCUUCAGACAGACCAUGUCUGAGCCUCUUCCUGGGGCAGCUGUGUUGGAGUCUCUCCUUAGCGGGACUGUGAUGGGUUCUCGCAGAGAGAUGCGUUUUCCCACACCAACUGUACUGGCCCCUUUCUAACUGGCUCUGCUCAGAAUGACUGUGUCUGUUCCUCUCAGAGGGACUGCGUCCAUUUCUUUCAGAGGGACUACAGUGAGUUCUCUCUGAGGAACUGCAACCAAUCCUCUCAGAGAGCCUUUGCUGUCUUCUCUCAAUAGGGCUGUGUCCUCUCACCUCCAAGACACGGAAAUGGGUUUUCCCACACGAGCUGUACUGGCCCCUUUCAAAUUGGUUCUGUUGGCUCUGCUGAGAAUGACUGUGUCUUUUCCUCUCAGAGGGACUGCGUCCAUUUUUUUCAGAGGGACUACAGUGAGUUCUCUCUGAGGAAUUGCGACCACUCCUCUCAGAGGACCUGUGCUGUCUUCCCUCAGUAGGGCUGUGUCCUCUCACCUCCAAUACACAGAGAGGGGUUUUCCCACACCAACUGUACUGGCCCCUUUCAACAUGGUUCUCUUGGCUCUUCUCAGAAUGACUGUGUCUGUUCCUCUCAGAGGGACUGUGUCCAUGUCUUUCAGAGGGACUACAGUGAGUUCUAUCUGAGGAACUGUGACCACUCCUCUCAGAGGGCCUGUGCUGUCUUCUCUCAGAAGGGCUGUAUCCUCUCACCUCUAAGGGACUGUGAUGUGUUUUCUGAAAGAGACUGCGACAUCUCCUCUCACAAGGACUGCGACAUCUCCUCUCACAGGGACUCUGAUGGCUUCUUUCAGAGGAACUGUGAUGUCUCCUCCGAGGAUGACUUCGAUGGCGCCUCUCAGAGGGACUGCGAUGGCUCUUUUCCGAGGAAUUAUAUGGGGUUCUCUCCCUUAUGAUGCUAUGGUGGUUUUGCUUCGUGGGUGUGAGUUUCUCUGUUAGGUGACUGUGUGAGGUUCUCUUAAGGGAACCGUGUAGAUUUCUCCCUCUGGCCUGAACUCUGGUUCCUAUUUUGGAGCUCUUGGACUCCUGGCUAGAGAUUUCACAUCUGGUAGAGCUUUUGUUACCUUUGCUGCUGUUGUCGUUUUGAACAAUGACCACAGCCUGUCCAACUGAAGUGGUUUUGAAAAUAGCACUUCUUUGGGAAACUAUGGGCUUGGGUUGUUGCGUAUGUCUAUGUUGGAAGGAGCUACCUCUUUUUGGUUGAUGAGCUGAUGUGAAUUGCUGUAUUUCUUCCCAUAACAUCUUCUCCUGCUUAGUGGUUAUGUCUGUUCGCUUUAGCUUACCAACUGACAUCCUAUCUCUUUUGAUAUCUCUUGAUGAGGAAUAAUCUCUGGCUUUUCGUUUUGGAUGGUGCUUUUUGCUUGAACACAAAUGGUCUGGCCUUGACGUGUCCUCAGGCUUCUGUCCAGCAAAAGCCAUAGUUCUGCAUGCUCUCUGGAAUGCUUGCUUUAGACCUUGAAAAAGCCGUUGAAUGAAUUUGGGUUUGGAGGAUUUCUUAGGUUGUCUUUUUGAAGAGGCAGUAGUUGUCUGAGAUGCUCCAUUCCUCUUCCUUCUUAACUGGUCUGGUAAAUCCCGAGAAGAACUCCGUAUUGUGGUUCUACCAUUUCUGCAGAACUUUGUGUUUUGUGUUCUGCCUCCCGUAGUGAUACUUUUCUUUGGGUAUUUUGAACUACGGGUCUUUUUGGUUCUCCUUUUAGCCCAUGUUUCAUCCUGAUCGGUUUCAGAGUCACUCUCUGGUAGAGAGUGAACUGGAGUAAACUCAUAGUGCCCUGGCCCUCCAAUUAUCGUCUUUCCUGCUAGGGCAGGGCUUCUAGACUGUCUUUGCCUGAUGUGGACUUGUACAGGAGCAGGAGACUGGGAAGAUACAGACCGGAAAUCCAUUGUAGAAGUAGGACUCUUGGAAGCUCGAGUAUAGGCUUUAGCUUUCCUUAGUGGUAGUGAUAUAGAACUCCUUGGUGUGAUGGAUCUGUCUCUUCUGUGGUACUUUGGGACUUGGGAUCUUUUCCUAGUUUGCAACCUAAAGCCAAAACUCACCUUAAUCUCUCCAUGGUUUUCGGGAGUACUUACAAGGUGGAGCUGUGGGUAGAUAAGAAGGUAAGACCCCAAAGUGCCCUGUAAUUGAUGACGGCAAUUAAGUCCUGCACAUAGGCCACACUGUAGGCAGAAAGGGUAUUUUAAAACCACACCUGAAGUUAGAGGUGGAGGUACAUUGGGGGGUAUCUGACUCCUUAACAGUUUUGCUGCUAUUUUUAGCCGCAGAUCUUGUAGCAACUGGAACUGUUCUGACAAGUCAGUCUUGGCCUGGGGAAGAUAACUUGGCUUGAGACAGUGUUGGGGCUCAAAAAUCCUUGUCUGUGAACUCUGUGAGGUCUUACUCUCUUCCAUUGGAACAGAAUCUUUCCUAGUAAAAAGUAUAUUGAAGGAAGACUCUAAAUUUACUGGGACAGGAGGCUGGCCCUCUGUACAUGAAACAGGCAUGUGCUGAAUGACUUCCUGGGAUAUAUCACUAAGCUUCGAACUUUUCUUUAUUUUCGCACUAGCCCCAGAGUGUUGCUGUAUUAUGGAGGACAUGGAGCUACGUGUCCACAUCCUUAAGGCUCUUCUUUGUUUGUGACCAUGAUAGGAAGUGUGUCUCUGAAUGUAGUUUUCGGGCACUGAAGUCUGAGAAAUACUACUUCGACUCUUCUCUAGUAGGCUCUUGGAAAGUUCCAUCAGUUCCGCAGGAACCCCAAAUAAAUUCUGAAUAGAUUGACAGAUAUCUGCAGUGGCUCUUUCCGGUAAAGAUGUUUGAGAACAAAGGUUCCUUUCCAUGGUGGUUCCCAAGACAUUCCCUAACACUAGCAUCUUGGAGAGGUAUUUUCUGGGUAAUCGCUGUCUCCAGGAGUGAUUCUCCCAGACAUUCUGUUGUCUGCUCAAGACAGACCCGUUCAGGCCUCUUUGAGUUCCUGAUCCUGACUGGAAGGUCCUAGAUGGUGAUCUCCAGCUUUGCAGUGGAUGUUGGGAUAGGCGCUGGAGUGAAUUCUCUAGCUUCUCCUCCUGCUUCUUAUCAGUCCUCUUAGAUACGACACCCACUCCUGGGAUCUCAAAAUGUGGCAUUUCUACAAUGUGACCUAUCUCAUCAGAGGGUUGAUUGUGAAGGGACAAGGGAAAGGUUGAAGUUCGUAUCAUAGUAGGGUCUAUAAAGAAUUCUUCAGACUGCAAAAUAUCUGUCCCAAAGUUAUUUAUAUCCAAGGCCCUUGACACUUCUGGCAUCUCCAGAUCACAAAGGCUUCCUAAUUCAGAUGCUUCGACAGAGCUUGAGAUGAGCGAGUUUGAAGAGUUCUGUAGAAAUCUAGAGAAAUAAUUCCCUAUUUGUAACUCCUCUCUUGACAUAAAAUCCUCAGAUUCCCUAUUCUGAUAUAUCUGUACUAGAUUCAAAUCCUCACAUUCCAUGAUUUGAGGAGGCCCUAUUUUUACCCCCAUUCCUUUCACAGCCUGAAGCCCUUGUUCAUGAGUGAACACUGUCGAUUCCUCCAAAGAAAAUGCUGGCUGUGAGAGUGAUUCUGACGAUUUCUCUUCGAUAUUUGGCCUCACAGUUAGUUCUACCAUUUCUUGAAGAUGUGGCCUUGGGAAGAAAUCCAAACAAUCCAUUACUUCCGUAGCUGAUCCUAAGGAGACUCCUAUUGGUUCUACAAUCUGAGGAAUUGGUGGUGGUGCUAAUUCCUCAGAUUUUACAAUUUGAAGUGGUGGCCGUGGGAUUAAAAGAGUCUUUACAAUUUGAAAGCCUGUCAACUUCAUUCUAUCCAAAAUCUGGUGUGUUGGCUCUGUGGUUAAUUCCUUUGAUUUUAUACUUUGCAACCAUAGCCCUGAGGUAAACUCAGAAGGUCUCACAUCUUGUACUUUUGGAGUCAGUUCAACAUAGUCUACCAUUUGAGAGGUUCCCCCGGGUGUUAAUGGUACAGACUUUACAGCAUGAAGUGGUGGCCCAGGAGACACUUUCACAUAUUCAACAACUUUUGGGGGGCUUCUUGAGGUUAUUCCUAUUGGUUGAGCAGCUUGAAGCUGUGUCUUUGUACAUCCUGUGACUUGAUGGAGCAGCUUUGGACUAAUCCUCAUAAGCUCUGUAAUUUGACCCUGUAGUCCUGGAGCUAUCUGUGAAUAUUUCAUACUUUGAUUCUGUGACUGUGUCAGCCCCAUUGGUCCAUCCCCUUGCUGCCGUGUGUCAGAUGUGAGCUCUACAGGUUUUGCAUGUCCAGUAGCUUGACGUGUCUGCCUUGGGGACAAAUCUAAAGAUUCCUCCCUUUGAAGCCACUGCUUAGAGGUUGAACCCACAGAUUCAGGAACUGGAUAUCUUAGCCUUGGUGUCAUCUCUGAAGAUUCUGGGACAUGAUGUAAUGACUCUGUAGUCAGUGCUUCUGAUCCUUCCCUUUGCAGUCUUUUCUCGGAGAUCGCCUCCGCAAAUUCUAGUGCUUGAGGAUAGGGCCGUGGAGCGCUCUCUGUAUAUCCAGUGGUUUUACUUAUUGGCUUUGGGGUCAUGCCAAGGAAUUCCUUCUCUGUUGGCCUUGCUUUGGGAGUCAACCCUAUAGUUUCUGUAGUGUGAUGCUUGGGCUCUAGUGUCAUCUCUUCAGAUCCUGUAACUUCCUGCACUGGCCUUGUAUAGGAUUCCCCCGAGUCCUUAACUUGAGGCCAUGACUGAGAGAGCAACUCGAGAGUUUCUGGGAUUUUCUUUAAGGUUAAUCCUAAGGUUUCAGAGCCUUGAUUCCUUAGCACAGGAGUCAGAUCAACAGAUUCUGGGGCUUGAAGAUCUAGCCUUAGAGGCACUCCUGAAGAUUCCGUGGUUUUACUUGUUGACUUUGGGGCCAACCCCACAGAUUUUUCUACAGUUUCAUUGCCUUGAUAGGCCAACCUUUCUGUGGUAUGAUAAAUUGGUACUGAAAUCACAUUUACAGAUUUGGAGACUUGAUGCUUUGGUGUUGGGAUCACCAAAUUCACAGAUUUAGGGACUUGAGGCUUUGGUGUUGGGAUCAUCUCUGCACCUUCUACAAAUUGAUGCCCCGGCCUAGGGAUUAUCUCCGAGGAAUCUGUGAUUUGAUAGCUCCUCCUUGGAGUUAGUACCUCAGAUUUUGUUCUUGGAAGCAGUGACCCCGGUAGUAAGUCUACAGAUUUCAUAUCUUGUUGCAGAGAUGCUGAAGACAAUGCCACAUGUUUUAUACUUUGCAACUUUGCUUCUGGAGUAAACUCCAAAGGUUUCUCACCUUGUCGCUGUGAUUCUGGAGACAAACUUGAAAAUUUAACACUACGCACCAUGGGUCCUGGCAUGAACUUCUUAGUUGGCUCUGGUGCCAACACUGUUGGUUUCAUACUUUGCCAUCCUGAAGUCAACUCUUGGCAAUUCAUACCUUGAUGUGGGGACCCUGGUGUCAACCCCACCGAUUUCACAUCUUGAAAACAUAGUUCCGGUGCAAAGACCUCAGAAUUAACACUUGGUGACCUUAGGCAUGAGGGAAACCCUGAAGAAUUAGCACUCGGAGGCUGUAGCUGUAGCUUUGACUUCAAAGAUGUCACAUCUUGAGAACAUGGCUCUGAUUCAAACACCAUAGAUUUCUGCCUGAGGCAAGAAAUCAAAUCCUUAGAAUUUACAUCUUGAGGUUGUGGCCCUGGAUUCAACGCCAGAGAUUUCACAUCUUGAAAACACACCUUUGGUGCAAACACCACAGAUCUCUCACUGUGCUGCCUGAGGUGUGAGGGCAACUCCCCAGAAUUCAUACCUUGAGCAUGUGGCCCUGGAUUUAACGCCACAGGUUUCACUUUUGUAAAACAUGGCUCUACUGCAAACAUCUCACAUUUCAAGUCCUGCAGCUCAGAGCCUGAAGCCAGUUUCACAGAAUUUCCACCACAAGACACUGGCUCUUUGUUGGUCUUCACAGACUUUACAUCUUCAAGCAGUGGCUUUGGUAAAAAUAACACAGAUUUCAUACCAUUCAGCGAAGAGCCUAAAGUGAACACUGAGUACACAACUUGUUGCUGGGACCCACAGUGAUUCUCCAAAAACUGGAUUUCUGGAAACUUUGUCCCUGGAAUUAACUCAGAAGAUUUUACACCUUGCAAAUGUGGUCCAGGGCUGAACAGAAUAGAUUUUGUACCUUGAUAUUGUGACGUAGGAUCCAAGUCAGAGGGUUUCAUGCCUUGCAUCUCUGGGUCUGGAUUAAACUUUAUAGCAUUUAUGCAUUGAAGUUCUGACCCCAAAUUCAAAUCAGAAGAAUUCACACCUUGCAGCUCUGGGCCACAGUUUAAUUCUUGUGAUGUUAUACCUUGAAACUUUGUCCCUGGACUCAAUUCGCGUUUCACAUUUUGUAAAUGUUGCACAGGGUCGAACAUAAGAGAUUUUAUACCUAGAACUUCUGACCCCAGAUUCAAAUCCAAAGAUCCCAUACCUUGACAUUUAACCCCUGAAGUCAACUCAAAAGACUGUAUACCUUGCAAAGGUGGCCCAAGUUCAUACCCCAUAGAAUUAGCACAUUGUACUUUCGGCUCUGGAUCCAACUUCAAAGAAUUUACACACUUCGUCUGUGGCCCGGGGUUGCAUUCCAUAGGUGCUACAGCAAGAAACUUUGACCCUGGAAACAAUUCGGAUUUCAAAUCUUGCAAAUGUGGAUCAGGGUUGAACACCAUAGUUGUCUCCCUAGGGGUCUCUGACCUCAACUCAGAAUACUUUGUACCUUGAAGUUUGGAAACUGAAGUUAAUUCAGAAGGGUUUAUACCUUGCAAGGGUGGCUCAGAUUUGCAUUUAACAGAAUUUACACACUGAAGUUUUGGUUUUGAAAUAAAUGCAGAAGAAUUCACAUCCUGCAAAGGUGGCCCAGGGCAGAACACCUGGGGUUUUAUACCUCGAGGCUCUGAUCCAGAAUUCAACUCAGAUUUUACACCAUUCAAUGGUGGUCCGGUACUGAAUGCCCUAACAUUUCUACACUGAAGCUGUGGGGCUAGAUUAAAUUCAGAGGAUUUCCUACCUUGUAAUUUAGGAUGAUGCUUCGUUUCCAGAACUGGCUCAUAUGGAAGCUUCCUGUCUGUGCACAACUCAGGUUUUAUCUCUUGUAACUGUGGCCCUGGAUUGAACUUGAAGGAUGGCAUACCUUGAAGCUUUGAUCCCUGGCAUAACUCAGAGGAUUUAACAUCUUGCCACUGUUGCUCAGGAUUGGAUUCCUCAGAUUUCACAUCUUGGAGCUUUGUCUCUUUGCACAAUUCUGAAGAUUUUAUAUGUUGCCAAUGUGGUCCAGGGUUGUACAGCACAAAUUUCACACUUUGAAGCUCUGGCCAUGGUUUCAACGUACAAGACUUCUCU